AUGCCGAUGCUCAAGGAUCCCUCCACAAAAUACAAGCCGUUUAAGCCGCUGAACCUGCCCAAUCGCCAAUGGCCUAAUAAGACUAUCGAGCGGGCCCCACGGUGGAUGGCCACCGACCUCCGAGAUGGCAACCAGAGUCUUCCCGACCCAAUGGAUGGCGACCAAAAACUCCGCUUCUUCAAGAUGCUCGUCGAUAUCGGUUACAAGGAGAUCGAAGUCUCAUUUCCCUCCGCCUCUCAAGUCGACUUCGACUUUACCCGUCGCCUGGUCGAGGAGCCCGGUCUGACUCCCGACGAUGUCUGGCUCCAAGUUCUCGCCCCCUGCCGCGAGGAGCUCAUCCGUCGUACCGUCGAGUCUCUGCGCGGCGCCAAGAAGGCUAUCCUGCACAUCUACCUCGCCACCAGCCCGUGUUUCCGUCGCAUUGUCUUCAACAUGAACAAGGAGGAGAGUCUGAAGCGUGCUGUGGAGUGCACCAAGUUUGCCCGCUCGAUUACCAAGGACGACCCGUCGAUGGCCGGCACAGAAUGGCAGUUCGAGUUCUCCCCCGAGACCUUCUCCGAUACCGAGCCCGACUUCGCCGUAGAGGUCUGCGAGGCUGUGAAGGCCGCCUGGGAGCCCUCAGUCGAGAACCCCAUUAUCUUCAACCUGCCCGCCACCGUCGAAAUGUCGACCCCCAAUAUCUACGCUGACCAGAUCGAAUACUUCUGCACCCACAUGACCGAGCGUGAGAAGUUUGUUGUCUCCCUGCACCCGCACAACGACCGUGGCUGCGCCGUUGCUGCUGCCGAGCUGGCACAGAUGGCCGGUGCUCAGCGUGUUGAGGGAACUGUUCUGGGUGAUGGAGAGCGUACUGGAAAUGUCGAUCUGAUGAUUCUUGCUCUGAACCUCUACACACAAGGCGUCUCACCGAACGUCGACUAUUCCGACAUCAACUCCGUGAUCAGGGUCGUGGAGGAAUGCACCAAGAUCCCCGUCCCCGAGCGUUGGCCAUAUGCCGGUGCCCUGGUCACCAGUGCCUUCUCUGGCAGUCACCAGGACGCUAUCAAGAAGGGUUUCGCUCUGCGCGAGAACGCCAAGGCCACCGACAACGACGAGUUUAUCAUUCCCUAUCUGCCCCUGGACCCCCAGGAUAUUGGACGUACAUAUGAGAGUGUUAUCCGAGUCAACAGCCAGAGUGGAAAGGGUGGUGCCGCCUGGGUUAUUCUGCGCAGUCUGGAGCUGGAUCUCCCGCGCGCCCUGCAGAUCGAGUUCAGCAAGAUCGUGCAAACAGAAACCGAAAAGGCCAACCGCGAAUUGCGUCCGGCCGAGAUUGUCGCCCUCUUCGAGGACUCCUACCACCUCAAGUCGAACCCGCGGUUCAACCUCAUUGACUACAACAUUACCACCGACCGCUCGCAGUCCCCUGCUCCUCCUGAGCCCGGCAAGGCUCUGAACACCAAGAACCUGAAGCGUCGUUUUACCGGUAUCGUCGAGAUCGACAACGUCCAGCACGCCAUCACCGGUGUGGCUGCUGGUGCCAUCUCCUCGCUGGCCGCGGCCCUGUCCACUCUGGGCAUCGACCUCGAUGUCGUCGACUACAAGGAGCACUCUAUUGGUCUGGGUCGUGAGACCAAGGCUGCCACAUAUAUCCAGUGCACCGCCUCUGGCAGCAAGGAACAAGUCUGGGGUGUUGGUCUGCACCAGGAUGUGGUCCAGGCUUCCCUGAUUGCGCUGCUCAGCGCUGCCAGCUCGUUCCUGGCCUCGAGCUCCGGCUCUCCGGCUCCCUUCCGCCCCAUUCGCUCUAAUACUCUCACCAACGAGGACCUCCAGGCUCUCGAGCAGCUGACCGGCUCACCUGAAGCGCCUGUCGCCAACGGCGGCCUCGGCCCCAAGGUCAACAUUGAGCAGCUGACCAAGCAGGCUGAAGCCCAGUAA